AUGUCAGAUGUACACUCCGUAAUACCCCUUUCAGUUCAAACUCCCAUGGCCAGCGGCAGCGCCUCCCACUUGGUUGCAACCCUCAAGGAUGUGGGUUGUCCCCUGGUGCCUGCGUCUGCGCACAUGGAUUUACCUCAUGUUGGAAAGGUGACAUCGUCCAAAUCGGAUCUGCCUUUGCAACCGCACAAGAGACUGCUGACACGCGGAGAAUGUCCCUACAUUUCGCCAUCGACAAUCACCAGCCCAGAUCUCCCUAUCAUCCGUCUUGCUCGAUGGCACGCACAGUCGCCGGUUUACUAG